AUGGACAAAAAUCAAGUCCUUUUGGCUCCAGAAGCUGAAGCAUACGUUGAGUCAUUGUCGAUUUUUGAUGUAACAGAGAUUGGUUCGCCAAGAUGGCUCCAACAGCACGAAUAUGUUGAAAAAUUAAACAUGCAAGCAAUGUGCAACGCCCUUCAAAAUGAAGAUGAGUUUAUUAAAGAAUUUCUAAUAACUUAUGAAAAGCUAAAUGUGUUGGUUGCUGAUUUGAUCAUUAUUGAUCUAUGGAAAGCUAAAGUCUUUCCUAAACUUUUGAAAAAUUUGAAUGAAAAUGGUCAAACAUUUCCAUUUUAUUUUAUUCUCUACCACGAACUUACAGUCGUAAAUUUGCUUGAAACAGUUUUGUAUCACCAGAAUUCAUGUGAAGCUGUCAGUGAGGUAUCUCUUGAUCUUAUUGAUUACUGUUAUAACAAACUGACAAAACUUCAAAGUAUUGGACAUUAUUGUGAAGGAAAAGAAAAUGAUGCGUCAAAAGAUAAAUACAAAGAAGUCAACACGACUACAUCUGAAGAGCUAAUGAAACAAAACAAAAAAAUUGACUUCAUGGUUGCCUUGAAAUCUCUCACGAUACUGAGAUUCAUGAUUGAAAACCUGGAAGUCAUAAGUCUAUCAGCCACUAAAAGAAUUUUAAACGAUUUAGAUGUUCCGAUAUUAUUCGUCCACCUGCUUGAGAAUCCUCCCUGGCUGUGUACUCACAUGAAGCAGCACAUGAAACAUGAUGGGACUGAGUGGCGUCCUGCUGCUGGCGAGGAAUUUUAUAAAAUCUCAAAAGUGGAGGGCCAGGUGUGGAUUGGUUUGUUUCAACUGCUGGUCACCAAGGUUCGAAAUAAUUACGAAUUCAACUCAUACAGGAAGAGCACGCUGUUGAAGUUGAGGCCCAUGUUGAAUGACUUCAUAUUAGAUCAGAUGCCAGUUCUCAUUGAACUACAAAGAUUUCUUGAUCAACUCAGUAUUUUUGAACCUGAGCCUCCAAAAAGUGCUUUGAUAAUUGAACAACUUCCUGAGAUCAAAAACACCUACCUACAGAAGUACCGUGGAAAGUGGGCCAACAUAGCAAAAGAUCAAGAAUCCAAAUACUUUAGCAGCUCCAGCGAAAAUUUCCAAAAAUUGGCCAAAAAUUUAAGUGAAAUAUACAGCUUUGAAAAUCUUGAGAACUUCAUAGAGGAGCCAGCAAAGUGUGCUUUGUGUGGCGAGCCCUCCACUAAGAAAUGUUCCAGAUGUCAUAAUGAGUGGUACUGCAGGAGGGAGUGCCAGGUGAACCACUGGCAGAAGCAUAAAAAAGCAUGCGAUCUCAUUUGUGGCGGUGCAGGUUCAAGUUGA